AUGGGCGCUGUCGGCACGCCCUCUUCAUCCGGUCCAAUGGCCUCAGCAGCGUCAAGAGACCAAUACGAAACACUACGGAAGCAGCUACGGGACCUCAUCGCUAAGAAGAAGCACUCCGACAAACUCCUCGAGACCCUCGAAGACCAUAUUUACAAAUACGAAACCACAUAUCUUGAAGAAACUCAGAAUGGGAACAUCGUCCGUGGGUUCGAUAACUACAUCAAGGGUACCGUCGCCCGUCGACGGGCAAAUAUCACCGAUCAAGACCGAAUCUUCUCGAGCAGCAGCUAUAGUUACAUGAAGAGCCGUGAGGAAGGGAGUAAUGGAGGAACUCCUUCGGGCAGCGUGCCACCGGAAUCGGCCACUUCAUCAUCAACGCCUGGCUUUCCUAAGGGUGGAAGCAACAGUGCUUUGUUGAAGAAAUCGGCCAGUGCGCUCAAGAAGAAGCGUAAGGGUGUUGCCGAUGAUGACUCGGAAAGUCAUUCGGAGAUCGAAACACCGGGACCGAAACGGGUCAGGAUAUCGUUUUCUGGUCAGAACAGCGACAAAUAG